CUCAUCCCAAAAAAAAAAAACCAGUGUCUUUUUUUUUCUUCGUAGAUUCAAUCAAUUUUCAGAAGAUGAUGAAGAAAAUUUCUAUGGUGUGAAAAAUCGAAGAAGCUUCGAGAUUCACUUGUUGUAGAUUGUGAUCGUGAAUCAACGAAAUCUUCGCCACUUCAAUCGGCGUUGUUUUGGUUCUGAGCUCAAUUACUGUCACUGACUCAGUCAGAUUCAAAUAUUGGAGAUUGGUAUUGUGUCCUCUGCACCUACCCAUCCACGUGCAGUACUGAUUGAAUACCUCUGAUUCUCAUUUCAGUUGUAUAGCAUGGUAUAGCCUGUUUGAUGCGCCACAUCAAACUGGCCAAGGCGUAAUCAAAAUUCAACUUUGGCAGCUUAAAUUUAUUGAAGAACAACAUCUGUAAAUUAUAUUGUCAUUGGAGUUGAAGGGAGAAGUUUUGUUGGUAAAAAACAAAAAAGCAUUUGAAUAAAGUUGUUGGACGCGCUCUCAAGUUCCAUUCGAAGAAAGGGGAUUGCUACCGAUCGGAAAGAAUUAUUAUAUUGAGCUCACAUAUAUUUAAUAAUAAAGGAUUUGAUAUAAUGUUAUAAGGAAAAAAAUGGAGCGAAUUUCAGAAAAACGAUAUCCUCUCAGUGCAAAAGAUUACAAGUUAUAUGAAGAAGUUGGGGAAGGCGUUAGUGCCUCGGUAUACCGGGCUCUCUGCAUUCCACUCAAUGAGAUUGUUGCCAUCAAAGUUCUUGAUCUCGAGAAGUGCAAUAACGAUUUGGAUGGAAUUCGGAGAGAGGUGCAGACCAUGAGCUUGAUUGAUCAUCCAAAUCUUUUACGGGCACAUUGUUCUUUUACCGCUGGGCACAGUCUUUGGGUUGUGAUGCCAUUCAUGUCUGGUGGCUCUUGCCUUCAUAUAAUGAAAUCUUCCUUUCCUGAGGGUUUUGAUGAACCUGUUAUUGCAACUGUAUUACGCGAGGUUCUCAAAGCUCUUGUUUAUCUUCAUGCCCAUGGGCACAUACAUAGAGAUGUUAAGGCUGGGAAUAUUUUGCUUGAUGCUAAUGGUUCAGUCAAAAUGGCUGACUUUGGAGUGUCUGCGUGUAUGUUUGAUACUGGAGACAGGCAACGUUCAAGAAAUACUUUUGUUGGAACACCUUGCUGGAUGGCUCCUGAAGUUAUGCAGCAAUUGCAUGGAUAUGAUUUUAAAGCAGAUAUAUGGUCAUUUGGUAUAACAGCACUUGAACUUGCUCAUGGUCAUGCCCCAUUUUCCAAGUAUCCGCCUAUGAAAGUUUUGCUUAUGACUUUGCAGAAUGCCCCUCCAGGUCUUGAUUAUGAAAGAGACAAGAGAUUUUCAAAGUCUUUCAAAGAGUUAGUUGCCACCUGCUUAGUCAAAGACCCAAAGAAGCGUCCAAGUUCAGAAAAGCUUUUAAAGCACCACUUCUUUAAACAUGCACGUGCGACCGAAUAUCUAUCUCGCACCAUUCUCGAUGGCCUUGCUCCAUUAGGAGAUCGUUUUAGACAGCUGAAGGCUAAAGAGGCAGAUUUAUUAAUGCAAAACAAGGCUCUUUAUGAGGAUAUGGAGCAAUUAUCUCAGAAAGAAUAUAUUCGAGGAAUUAGUGCAUGGAAUUUUAACCUGGAAGAUUUAAAAAGUCAAGCUGCUCUUAUCCAAGAUGAAGACAUGUCAAAUGCAGAAGAGCCAGAUAUGGCUAAGAAGAAUGAAGACACAUCAAAUGACUUAAAGGUUCCCGUGGAGAACCUUUCUGCCUCUAAUCAUUCAGAUGGUACAUCCACACUGGACAAAGAGGAUGGAUUCAACAAUCUUCAGGAUUUGGAAAGUUCACUUGCUUCAUUUCCUAUGAAACCUCUUCAAGCACUCAAAGGCUGUUUCGAUGUUGGUGACGAUGAUGGCAAUAAUACUAGCCCAAGAGAUUUGGAUCACAGCUAUGGAAGGAAUGACAAUGAAAGUGCUGGGCCAAGUAAUUUGUCACCUCAAAAUGCUCAGCCUAAUAAGUUUUUGAGUGGCUCUUUACAAUCUGAUAAUUUUGCCAAAAAGGUUACCGAUGGGGACAGGGAUUAUUUACAAACAAAAUAUCCUUCCGAGCGUAAUCACAGUGGUCCAUUAUAUCGGCAGAGGAGAGAAAUCAACAACUUUCCAUCGGUUGAUGACACAUCAGAAGGAGCAAUUGUCCAGCGCAGGGGGCGGUUUAAGGUCACAUCUGCAGAUCCCAGUUCAAUGGGUCUUUCAAACAACACUUCUGGCCCAGUUGCUGUAAGUCCUACUCCUACAAGUCCCCCAAAUCAGAACUCAAUGGCUGCUUCUAUCCUUCCAUCACUGCAGUGCAUCUUGCAACAGAACGGCUUGCAAAGGGAAGAAAUUGUUAAAUUGAUAAAGUAUGCAGAGCAAUCUUAUGGUAAGAAUACAGAAUCAAUAGAGGCAGGAGCAUCUGAUGCUUUGCAGGCAUCACCUGUGUCGACUAGAGAGAAAGAACUGCAUUUGCAAGUGAUUCAACUCCAACAGAGCAUUGGGAGUCUUGUCGAGGAACUGCAGAGACAAAAGCUGAAAAAUGUUCAGUUAGAGAGACAGUUGAGCAGUAUGGUCAACAAAGUUGAAAAGUGAAGAACAAACUGAUGAGCGUUAUUUGGUUUGAUUAAUCUUGGACAACACCUGACAUUCAGUGAUGGAUUGGGGCAUAUCUUAUUACCAUAUGUGAACUUCUGUUUGCGGCAGACACCAAUUUUUGAGUCACCUGUAAAAUAUAAUUUAUUGGACAAGAUUAUCAGAUCAUGUAAUUAUGACUCUUUCUCUCCCUUCCCCUCCUCUCCUUCUCCCUUCCAAAAUAAUAAUGACUCAUGAGAAUUCUGAUUAUUGCAUAUAAUAGUUUUUCAGCUCUUUAAUGCGGCUUUUUGCCUGUUUGGGUUUCAAU